AUGGUUAGUAUUUCCGCGACGUAAUGCUGAGCCAGGCUGGAUUGGCAGGGAAGGUGACUUGCAAAGGACCACGAAGCAAAUUGGGGAAUGCAUCCGAGAGACCCAGCGAUACGGACGGCUGUCAUUGAUGUGGCUCUCGAAAUCCAACCACGGGCCGUGUCGCAGCUCGAGUGGUUGAGGCGGAAGGCUAAAGGCGAAGAAACAGCGGAGGAGGCGGCCAGAGAGGGGCAAUCCGUUCAGCACGUCUUUUCCCGCAACGGCGCAGGAUGUUGGAAGUUGUCAUUGAGAUGUUGCAGAGAUAACGUGGCCAAUGAGAACGCGAUUUGCAGCCUCGUCAACCGGGCUGGACAGGACGAACAGGCGACUCAAUGCUGCAAAGGCGGCGUCUGCUCCGUGCACAGCCCAUGUCUUGGCUGCGAAAUCUUGCUUCUACUGGCCACCGUGCACAUCGCCGAGACAUAGUCAGGCGUGCUGCCUGCCACCGGACGCGAGAUGUACAGCCGCUUCAUACCCGGUCGAGACUUGGGUCGCAGUGACGUGCUCGCAUCCUCCUCCGAGGGCUGGUCCACGCAGUACGCUAACAUUCGCGCCUUCUGUCCCAUCCCAGGUCGACGCAACUUCACCCGUUACUCUGCGCACGCGCAAAUUCAUCACCAAUCGUCUGUUGCAACGCAGACAGAUGGUUUUGGACGUGAUUCACCCUGCACGCGCCAACGUUAGCAAGGCUGAGCUGAGCGAGAAGCUGGCCACGAUGUACAAGGCGAACAAGGAGCAAUGCGUCAUUUUUGGUUUGAGGACCCACUUUGGUGGUGGAAGAUCUACCGGUUUCGCCCUCAUCUACGACUCUCGCGAGAGCAUGAACUUUGAACCUCGUCACCGUCUUGUCAAGGUGAGUAGUGUUCGUACGGCUGGGUUGGGAGGCGCAAGUAGUGGAAGCGUGCUGGUGAAAGCCGUCGUGGAAGUGUCUAAAGAAGAUGGCACCCGCGCACACACGGGAUUGGAGCUGACUAUUCAUCACGCUCUAACGCAAACAGGCUGGCCUUGCCACCAAGGUUGAGAAGCCCUCUCGCAAGUUGCGAAAGGAGCGCAAGAACCGUCAAAAGAAGCUGCGUGGUACUCAAAAGAAGAAGGUGAGUUGGGAGGCGCGUCGCUUGAAGCGAUUGUUACGGUGUGCUCACACGGUCGACUCAUCCUUUAGGGUGCCGAGGCCAAGAAGAAGUAA